ACGGCAACGCAGGGCCACGUUCCAAUCCGCGCACUCGAGCCCUAGAAGGUCUUGAUAGGGUGCUCUUAUAAAUGAGACCACUGCGCUGCGAAGAGACCCUGACGUGCGACGUUUAACGUUACAUGUAGGGCGCAGGUGCGCUAAUUGGAACACAGCCGCGUCUGUGCAGGGCGCCCCCGAGAGAAGCAGGGAUGGACGAAGACAACACAGCGGGUCAUUCAAGCUGGAUUAAACAGCACCCUGUGUAUGAAGACCUCAUGAAUCUGGAUGUGGGUGAUGGUGCUCAGGUUUACGCGGCAUUCCUGGUUUACCUAAACCUGACCGAAGUUCGUGGCUGGGAGGAUGUGGUGGGAGUAGCUUGCCCGGAGCUGCAGGUGGUUCUGCUGGAAGGCCGUGAGAAGGAAGGAGAACUGGUCCGAGUGGUCUAUCCACUGCCUGCUCAUAGGACGGUCAGCCACAAAGACUUGAGGUGUAUACUGGACCGAGGACACCCCAUGCUGCUAUGCGCGGUCGCCUCAGACUCCACUCUGGUGUACCAGCAGCUGUGCGACGGCCUGCUGACCCCUGAGCCACCGGUGGGCAUCCAGGACCAGGGCCGUCGACAGCACCGCAAGAGAAGACUCCAAACGUGAGGAGAACUGAGACAGGCACUGUGAAUUUGCUAUAAAGGGCUACUUUCCUCAGCUUCCGUGAAGCCUGACUGAAUUACCUGUGCAGACGAGGGUCAGUGGUCACUACCACAUUUGUAUCCAUGCUUUUCGCUGCUGACUUGCCAUGUUGAGCAACAGGGCUGCACGAUAUGGACUGAAAACUAGAGGUGUGAAUGUACUGGUAUGUAUCGUGACUGUGAUACACUUUACAACAUAUUAAAGAUCCACUUCUGAGUCCA